AUGCAGGUACUAGACCGAGCUUCUAGGCGAAGCCGAGAGGAGACAGAAAUGGCAUUGGCGGAAGGACUAGGCAUUACCGUUGAAAUGUCUCGCCGCGUUAUUCAGCGGCUUCUGUCUUUUGACAUAAACAAUGUUUCCAUGGUGCGUGAAUUGGGUAGAAAGCUGCAACGGCUAGGCAAAAUCGACGGCAUGCACCAGAAAAGUGACAGUAGGCUAGACCAUAUGGGAACCCAGACGCAUUCGGGCAGCGGAGCAUUGCUUUCCAGUGGACUCCCUACCUCCGUAAAGGAUCUGCAGUGUGUGCUUCAUCUCCUGCGAGAAGUGUAUCAAAUGGGAGAGUGGGUGGAUAUCGAUCUUCUGAUUGUGCGGGGCCUCCACUACUACACAGGAGUCGUGUUUGAAGCGUUUGACGCCGAGGGCGCGUUCAGAGCUAUACUAGGGGGUGGUUGUUACGGCGAAGCAGGGGCCACCUCAGCUGUGGCGGAUUCAUCAGCCGUAGGGCCUUGGCCUUCAACAGAAAUCCCCACAGUGUCACAGAUGCAUCUGAACCCAAACUUGCCUAGUAGUGGAGGAAUGAUGAGGACUGCUGUUACUGGGGUUGGUUUAGGUAUGGGAGACUGCGUGCUGAUGAAUCUGCUGCAGAGGAAGGGUCUUCUUCCGUCCCCUGGACCUGCCGUUGAUGCUAUUGUGGCUGUCCGCCAAGCUUCUGUAGCUCGGCAUGUUCCUGGACAAGUUUCUUUUGUCUCACCCCGCUGCGCGCCAAGUGGCAACCCGAGACUUCCUGAGGCGGGCGACUGGAGGAAUGAGUGCUGCUAUUCCACGCCUUCAGCAACAAGCACCUCAGACAGGCACUCCAUUGAGGCACAGCAGCUCUGCUGCAAGCUGCGAGCCCUUGGUCUCCGCGUGGAGUUACUGCUGCCUCCUCAAAGGUCUGAAAGAGCCGCCAUCAAGCACGCGAGGUCAGUGGGAGUGAAGGCAGUUAUAUUUGUUGGAGCAACUAAGCAAAAGCUUCCCAUGCUCACGGGAAACGCGGAAGUGCCUGGAAGCGCAGUCUCGGCUUCUUUCCCUCCAGAAGGAGAAGAGAUGACAAAUGCCGUUGAAUUUAAAGUUUUUCUUAAUUCAGAAAGCUGUGGGAACCUUGGGCUGCUCGACAAAAAGCACAUUACAACUCAGACAGAGGAUACUGCCCCAUUGCGUAACCAGAGAGUCGGCAGUAGUUUGAAACAUUCAAAAACACAUACCACUAUUUCUUCCGUAGUGGAGAUGAUGAAGGCCCAUCUGUGCGCCUCACCUUAA